AUGGCCUGUGAAUUUAAUCUAAACUUCCUUAAGGAACUGGAACGAGAGGCUGUUCUGGAAGUCCUGUACCGUGACCAGAUGGUGAGAAAAACAGAGGAGGAAAGAAUAAGGAAACUGAAACUGCAGCUGCAGCAGCUUCGAUGGAAAGGGGCAAGAAACGUGAGCCAGGAGUACCAGGAGAGAAGUUGUGCUCGGUGUCAGAAAGCUCUGGGGCUGUUGCUGGACAGGGGCGCGGUGUGCAACGGGUGCAGCCACCGCGUGUGCUCCGCCUGCCGCGUCCCACGGAACCGCUGCCUCUGGCAGUGCACCGUUUGCUACGCUCACGGAGAUGUGAAAAUCAAAGCUGGUGAAUGGUUCUUUGAGGAACGAGCAAAGAAAUAUCCAGAUGAAGGCAGACAUGAGACAGUUGGUGCAAAGCUCUUGAAAUCUUAUCAGAAACUGAGUAAAAUCUCUGUUGUACCUCCGACUCCACCUCCUUUCACAGAAUCCACGGCAGGAAGCAGUGUGACAGUAAAUGAACUUGGACAGUCUAGAAGUUUUAAUAAAUCUGUGGAAAAUCUGUUUUUGUCUCUUGCAACACAUAUAAAAAAAAUCUCUAAAUCCCAGAAUGACAUGGCUGACAGAUGUCUCCUCGCCACUGCUUAUGGGCAGAACGUGGAAAGAAGGAAGCAAAGAAGGAGCCAGUCUGACACUGCCAUCAACAUUACAAGCAGGAUGAAAAGUACACCCAGUCUCCAACAGCUCAUCACUGGGGCCCAGAAUGACAGUGGAAUUCUGACCAAAAGGAAUUGCAAGGAGGAAGAUGACAUAACAACUAGUCCCACAAGUGAUACAGUUUUUUGUGAUGGCAGAAAACAUGGGAGUCUGUAUAGCCUUAACAGCACUUGCACCGAGUCUGGCAGUUUUGGCAAGGCUAAUGUUACGGGAGAAAUAGAGUUUGCCAUAAGAUACAUCUUCAAAGCUUGCAUCUUAGAAAUUUGCAUCAAGGGAUGCAAGAACCUGGCAUAUGGUGAAGAGAAGAAGAAAAAGUGUAACCCGUAUGUUAAGGUUUACUUACUUCCUGAUAAAUGUCCUCGGAGCAAGCGGAAGACAGCUGUGAAAAAGAGCACAGUGGAUCCAGAAUUUGAUGAGACUUUGAAGUACAAGAUUGAAUACUCCCAGCUGGGAAGUCGGCAGCUUCAGAUCUCCGUGUGGCAUGCAGGAGCACUCAAAUACAGGGUGUUCCUGGGGGAAGUGGUGAUUCCACUGGCAGCAUGGAAUUUCGAAGAGAGCUCGAUGCAGUCGUUCAGCUGGUACCAGCUCAAGCCCAAGCUUGACAAGCCUGAAGAUGAUCCUAUCCAGUACAGUGGUGAGCUCCUUGUGUCUGCAAGACUGUCAGUACCAGCCCAGUAUAAAACCUUGCAAUCUGAAGGAAAAAAAGGCCAAGGAGUUCCCAGCUGCCAGCUUCAGGUUAUGAUAUUUGGGGCCAAGAACUUGCCUGUGCUGAGAUCUGCUGGAAUGCCGAAAGGUUAUUUGAAAGGUUGUCUUAUCCUUCCAGAUCAAGCAGAGGUAAAGCAAAAGUCUCCUAUGCUGAAGAGAGAUGCCUGUCCCCAGUGGAAGCACCUGUUUGUCUUUGAUGGUGUUACCCCAGCUCAGCUACAGCAAUCACGUCUACACUUGACAGUCUGGGAUCAGUCAACUUUCAGCUCAAGCCAUCAGUUCCUAGGAGGAGCUAAGCUUGGUGCAGAGAUGUUGUUUGGCUCUGCAGACCUUGUUUCCCAGUCAGUGCUCCCAUGGCAGGAAGUGCUCUGCAGCCCAAACACAUGGAUUGACUUCACACUUCUACUGCAUUCAAAUAAGGACAACUUUAAGUCCUGA